CCUCCCCGGUGUUUGUGUCCCUUGAGGCCCAAAGCAACACCUGCUGCUAAACCUCUAAAUCUCCUCACUCGACUUCAAGCGCUCACCUGAACGCGUCUCAAGGAGCCCGCCAUGAAAGUGGUAGUUUUUGUGUUGGGAUUGAGCGUCUUCCUGCACUUGCACGCGGGCGUCUCCUCCGAGGCCUCCUGCAAGCUGAAGGCCAAGUUCCAGCUGAGCGGCUUCAAGGACGUGGACAAGAAGAAGGUGGUCAUCGGCGGAAUGUUCCCUGUGCACAAGAGCGUGGGGUCGUCGCCCGACGCCAACACUUCAUCACUGCCCCAGUCCUCAGGAUGUGAGGGGUGAGUCUACAUUUUACUACUAGAAUCAUGAUAUCACAUCACUCAUGUAUCGUACACCUGUCUAACUCUUCCAUCGGCUGCACCUCAGAAGCUAACGUGUUGUUAUUCAUGGCUGCCAGUCAGGUGGAAAGAUCCACUCUAAUACCGAUACCAAGGGUGGUAGCAGUAUCAGAUCGAUGCCAACGUGAUGACAUUGAUUUGAUUUAUUUUUGUUUUGUUUAUUCAUUGUUCACAUUGCUGCAAAACGGGAGCAUUUUGGGGGUCAAAAUCCAAAAUAUUUGAAUAAAAGCAAUGAUAGUUUUUACUUUUGUUGACUAGUUUUGCACAAAUAUGUCAUCAUAGGGAAUAAUUGUAGACUUUUAUGGAUGUUGAUACAAGGUCUUAUAUCAUACUUGCCAACCCUCCCGGAUUUUCCGGGAGACUCCCGAA